AUUUAAUUCAAACUAAUCGCACGCAGUAACGUAGCACUCAAAGUUGUAUUUAACGCUUAUCGAUAUUUGUCAUUACAGUAUUUUCAUACUUUCCAUAUACUGCCGCAUUCUUUUUGUGCGUCAUAUUUUAGAAGCAACGCGAAAUUCGCUAAAGUGGCCAUUUCGGUUAAUUGUUUAAGAAUUCACUCGACCAAUUAAUUGUAAAGAAAAAAAUUAAAUUAAAAAAAUGUCGGGCACUACGCAGAAGUACAGAAAUUUUGUAGCUGAACCAAUGGGCGAAAAAUCUGUCACAGAAUUGGCUGGCAUUGGCGAAACGCUUGGCGGACGCCUCAUCGAAGCGGGAUUUGAUAAGGCGUACACUGUACUCGGCCAGUAUUUGGUGCUGAAAAAGGACAAAGAGCUAUUCAAAGAUUGGAUGAAGGAUGUUUGUCAUGCUAGCUCAAACCAAGCAUCCGAUUGUUACAAUUGUCUCAACGAUUGGUGCGAGGAAUUCAUGUAAAUGUUUCAAUAUGUAAAUUGUGAAGAAUCUGGACAAGCAAUUCGCUCGAGUGGGAUAAGGAAAUUUUAAACCAUACGAUAAUAUUCAUUAAACUAAACUGCAUAUAUGUUCUGUCAACAAUAACGUUAAGCUAUCAUUAAAAUGUAAAUGUAUAUUAAUUAGAAUUGAAUGAACUGGUUAUCCAUCGGGUUACGUAUGAUAUGCCAACUUCCACUGCUAGUCUUUAAUUAAAAU